AUGGAGGAGGUUAAUAACGAGGAUGCGGCAGAUGACAGUGACAUGAAUGCAAUCUACGGCGAGGGGCAAAGCGGGGUCGCCGGUCUCGGUGCUGACACUUGGCACUCCGCCGCCGCGGGCAUCUUCGCUACCGCCUCUUCCGCCAUUUCCUCCGCUUCCUCCGCGUUCCCCAGCGAUUCCGACGCGGAAGAGCCUUCUAGCGGCCCGUCGUCCUCGGCAUUUUACAACGAGCUGUUCGGGAUCGGCGAGGCGCCGUUGAUCAACCUGAUCCGACGGUACCACGACGCGCUCACCGCGCACGGGCUGGCGGAGGAGGCGCAGGAGAUCGCCGCGUCCGCCGCCGCGCGACUCGUGAGCAUCAAGAGCAUGGGUCCGCGCGGGAGGAGCGCGGAGGAGGAGGAGGAGGAGGGGGAGGGGGAGGAUGGAGAGGAGGGGGAAGGGAGAGGGGGAGGAGGAGUGGGAGGUGGGUGGGGGCCGGGGCGGAUGGAGAACGAGGAGGAGGGGGAGGAGGAGGGGGCGAGGAGCGAGGUGAUGGUGAGAGAGGGGUUGCAGAAGUAUCUGAUUGCCAUGCAGCCGAACCUGCUGUGCGCGCAGCCGCAGGUGGUGACAUUCAACCACGUGGCAGUGACAAAAAAGGUGGUGGUCAUUCCGGAUCAAAUAAAAAACUGCUUCAACGCGCCCUAUUUCAAGCUCAAGGCCAUUGCGGGAUGGCAGAGGAAGGAGACCAUUCACGUGCUCGACGAUGUCUCAGGCUUCCUCAUGCCAGGGACUCUCACACUCCUCCUUGGAACUUCAGGCAGCGGCAAGUCGAUGCUCAUCAAGCUGCUAGCCGGCCGCCAGCCCGCCACCACCGGCACCAUCUCCUUCAACGCGCUCCCCAUCAUGCCCUCCCGCGCGCACCGCCUUGUGGGGGUGGGCUUCGAGGCCGACUGCCAUCUCCCCGCUCUCUCCGUGCACGAAACCCUAGUCUUCGCCCGCCACUGCUCGUACCCGCUCUCUGCCAAGCAGCUGCUGCAGCACCCCAUGCUCAGCAAGGCGCUACGGGCGAGCAUAGAGAGGGGCGAGGAUCCACUAGUGGCGUCUAGGGAAGCCAUGUUUGGGCUGCGGAGGCACGCGGGAGAGAAGGUUGGAGCGCUGACUCGGGAUGAGGUGCACCGGCUGACUGCUGCUGAGCUCAUGGUUGGCUCAUACCCGGUGCUGUUGUUCGAUCGCAUCAGUCAGGUGUACGACGGGCCCUCCACCCACAAGACUCUCACCCUGCUGCGCACCCAUGCCCAGGUGCGGCAACACGCGGUGCUGUGCUCGCUGCAGUGGCCCACACAGGCGGUCUUUUCCCUCUUCGACCGGGUCAUCGUGCUCAACCAGGGCAAUAUCGUUUAUCAAGGGCCCUGCCACACCGCGCUCAGGCACUUCCAGCAGCUCGGCUACCUGAAGCCGCUACACAUGUCAGUGCCGGAGUAUCUGCAGCACGUCACCACGGAGAGCGGAGGCGCGCUCAGAUCGGGCAAGAGGAAGCUGGUGCUCGAGGGGUUCGGUGAGUGUGGUGCUACUGAGGGGUUCGGUGAGUGUGGUGCUACUGAGGGGUUCGGUGCGGCAAGAGGACACUGCUGCACGAGGGGUUCAGCGAGUGCGCAUGGUGCUGAGGAGUUUGAUAAGCUGACGGAUGGAGCUGAUGCUGCGUGGGACUGA